AUGGAUAUGAGUCAGAUUCACGGCGUGUUCUUCAAAGGCCCGUCGUUUUCUACUUAUUGGGCUUCUUCUCCUUCCUCCACGUCACUCUCUCUUCCUCGCCAUUUCAUCUCUUCUCCGUUGUUUCUUCAUCAUCGAAGACUCAAAUCCUUCAAUACAAGAAGAAGAAGAAGCUCCUCUCGCUUUCGCUCUCGAUUAAGACGGAGCGGUUCCUCGGCGAUGCCUUGCUCUUCUUCUGAGACUCUCACGGCUUCUCGCGUCGAUUGUGGCGGCGGAGGUGGAGGCGGAGGCCGUGUCGCUUGCGCUGGAGCUGAUAACAACGCUUCUGUAGCUAAUUUCAAGCUUAACGAAUCAACCUUCCUUGCUUCUCUCAUGCCUAAGAAAGAAAUAGGGGUGGAUCGCUUCCUUGAAGCUCAUCCUGAGUACGAUGGUCGCGGCGUAGUUAUCGCUAUCUUCGAUUCUGGUUUUGAUCCUUCUGCUGCUGGCUUGCAUGUAACAUCUGAUGGAAAGCCAAAGGUUCUCGACGUCAUUGACUGUACUGGAAGUGGGGAUAUAGAUACUUCCACAGUGGUGAAAGCCAAUGAAGAUGGUCUCAUUCGUGGAGCAUCAGGGGCACCGUUGGUUGUUAAUUCUUCAUGGAAAAACCCCACUGGAGAGUGGCGUGUAGGUUGCAAGUUGAUUUACCAGCUAUUUACUGAUGAGUUAACUUCUCGUGUUAAGAAAGAGAGAAGGAAAAUAUGGGAUGAAAAGAAUCAGGAAGAAAUUGCAAAGGCUGUAAAGAUUCUGUAUGAUUUCGAUCAGAAGCAUAGCAAAGUGGAUGAUGCAAAACUGAAGAAGACACGCGAAGACCUCCAAAGCAGAGUUGAUUUCCUGAAGAAUCAAUCUGAUAAAUAUGAAGACAAAGGGCCUGUUAUUGAUGCUGUUGUGUGGCAUGAUGGAGAAGUAUGGAGGGUUGCACUUGAUACGCAGAGUCUUGAAGAAGAUCCAGAUUGCGGGAAACUAGCAGACUUUUCCCCCCUCACUAAUUACCGAAUUGAGCGGAAGUACGGCGUGUUUAGCCGACUAGAUGCUUGCUCCUUUGUUGCUAACGUGUAUGAUGAGGGAAAGGUCCUAAGCAUUGUGACCGAUAGUUCUCCACAUGGCACUCAUGUUGCUGGGAUAGCUACUGCACACCAUCCGGAGGAAUACUUGUUAAACGGUGUGGCACCUGGUGCACAAAUAAUAUCUUGUAAAAUUGGAGACUCUCGGUUAGGGUCAAUGGAGACCGGAACUGGCUUGACACGGGCAUUGAUAGCUGCCCUGGAGCAUAAUUGUGAUCUUGUCAACAUGAGCUAUGGAGAGGCUACAUUACUUCCAGACUAUGGGCGCUUCGUUGAUCUUGUUACUGAAGCUGUGAACAAGAGACGCCUAGUAUUUGUAAGUAGUGCUGGCAACAAUGGCCCAGCGUUGACAACAGUUGGGGCACCUGGUGGAACAACUUCCAGUAUCAUUGGUAUUGGUGCAUAUGUUUCUCCUGCAAUGGCAGCUGGUGCCCAUUCGGUGGUGGAACCUCCCAGUGAGGGGCUUGAGUACACUUGGUCAAGCCGGGGGCCAACCGCUGAUGGGGAUCUUGGUGUCUGUAUAAGUGCACCUGGUGGGGCUGUUGCUCCUGUUCCUACAUGGACGCUUCAAAGACGUAUGCUCAUGAAUGGAACAUCGAUGUCAUCUCCUUCUGCCUGUGGAGCUAUUGCGUUACUUUUAAGUGCUAUGAAGGCUGAAGGCAUCCCAAUUAGCCCGUACAGUGUAAGAAGGGCCCUUGAAAAUACAUCAACUCCUGUAGGUGAUCUACCUGAAGAUAAACUAACUACUGGACAAGGGCUAAUGCAAGUUGAUAAGGCGUAUGAAUACUUGAAACAGUUUAAGGACUGUCCAUGCGUAUUUUAUCAGAUAAAGGUCAACCUCUCGGGAAAAGCAACUCCAACAUCACGGGGCAUCUACCUGCGGGAGGCUUCUGCUUGCAGACAAUCCACAGAGUGGACGGUACAAGUUGACCCGAAGUUCCAUGAAGGCGCAAGUAAUUUAAAGGAACUUGUGCCUUUUGAAGAAUGCGUUGAGUUGCACUCCACAGAUGAAGGAGUUGUACGGGUUCCUGAUUAUCUACUUCUCACUCAUAACGGACGUAGCUUCAACGUCGUUGUGGACCCCACAAAUCUUGGAGAUGGUGUGCAUUACUUUGAAGUUUAUGGGAUUGAUUGUAAAGCUCCACAACGUGGUCCUCUUUUCAGAAUCCCAGUGACAAUAAUAAUUCCCGAGACUGUGGCGAAUCAACCUCCUGUUAUUUCAUUUCAACAAAUGUCUUUCGUCUCAGGCCACAUUGAACGAAGAUAUGUCGAGGUACCACUUGGAGCGUCAUGGGCUGAGGCUACAAUACGAACUUCAGGGUUCGAUACUACGCGGAGAUUUUAUAUUGAUACUCUUCAGCUUUGCCCAUUGCGAAGGCCGAUCAAGUGGGAGAGCGCACCAACUUUUGCAUCUCCCUCUGCUAAAAGCUUUACGUUUCCUGUGGUUAGUGGUCAAACGAUGGAACUAGCUCUAGCUCAGUUCUGGUCCAGUGGCCUUGGAAGUCGUGAACCAACUAUCGUUGACUUUGAGAUUGAAUUUCAUGGAAUUGGUGUCAAUAAAGAAGAGUUGAUACUUGAUGGAAGUGAAGCACCAAUAAAAGUGGAAGCUGAAGCACUAUUGGCAUCUGAAAAACUCGUUCCCGUAGCUGUUCUGAACAAGAUACGAGUUCCAUGUCAACCGAUUGAUGCACAACUCAAGACUCUAUCAACUGGGCGCGAUAGACUACUGUCGGGCAAACAGAUACUAGCAUUGACAUUAACCUACAAGUUCAAAUUAGAAGAUGCAGCUGAAGUGAAACCUUAUAUACCCUUAUUGAACAAUCGCAUAUAUGACACUAAAUUUGAGUCCCAGUUUUAUAUGAUCUCUGAUGCCAACAAGCGUGUAUAUGCAAUGGGGGAUGUUUAUCCGGAGUCUUCUAAACUUCCUAAGGGAGAAUAUAAACUUCAGCUGUAUCUAAGGCAUGAAAAUGUGCAGUUGCUGGAAAAGUUGAAGCAGCUCACUGUGUUUAUGGAAAGAAAUAUGGGGGAGGUUCGGCUGAACUUACACUCUGAACCAGAUGGCCCAGUCACAGGAAAUGGUGCUUUUAAAUCUUCUGUUCUAAUGCCAGGAGUGAAGGAAGCGUUUUAUGUGGGCCCACCAACAAAGGAUAAGAUACCCAAGAAUACUCCCCAAGGAUCUGUGUUGGUGGGAGAAAUCUCAUAUGGGAAAUUGUCAUUUGAUGAUAAAGAAGGGAAGAAUCCAAAGGAUAAUCCUGUAUCUUAUCCGAUUUCGUAUGUGGUUCCACCAAAUAAGCCUGAGGACGACAAGAAGGCAGUUUCUUCCACAAAUAGCUGUAAAUCAGUAUCAGAACGCUUGGAACAAGAGGUUCGUGACACAAAGGUCAAAUUUCUUGGGAAUCUAAAACAAGAAACUGAGGAAGAGCGUUCAGAGUGGAAAAAGUUGUGUGCGUGUCUCAAGUCUGAAUACCCAAGUUACACUCCGUUGCUUGCUAAGAUCUUGGAAGGUUUGCUAUCUCGGUCUGAAGGUGGGGACAAAAUCAGCCAUCACGAAGAGGUUAUUGAUGCUGCAAAUGAAGUAGUACGCAGUGUUAACGUAGACGAGUUAGCAAGAUUCUUGCUAGACAAAAGUGAACCAGAAGAUGAGGAAGCAGAGAAUUUAAAGAAAAAAAUGGAGAUGACCCGUGACCAACUGGCAGAAGCAUUAUACCACAAAGGGUUAGCCAUGGCGAGAAUCGAGAAUUUGAAGGGUGAGAAGGAAGAUGAAGGAAGUAGCCAAAAGGAUAAAUUCGAAGAGAAUUUCAAAGAACUGACAAAAUGGGUGGACGUGAAAUCAUCUAAGUUCGGCACUCUCACUGUUCUAAGAGAGAAACGGCUCUCACGGCUCGGAACCGCAUUGAAGGUACUUGAUGAGUUGAUCCAAAACGAUAACGAGACUGCUAAUAAGAAACUAUACGAACUGAAACUGGAUUUACUGGAGGAGUUAGGUUGGAACCAUUUGACUACGUAUGAGAAGCAAUGGAUGCAAGUUCGUUUCCCUACAAGCUUACCUCUCUUUUAGUUGAUCUUAAUGCUUCUAAUAAAGUUAUUUUCCUUUCAAUAAAAGGCUUUUUGUUCUGAAGCCCAACCUACUGUUUCGUUUCCUUUCUUCAGAAACCGUGUGUACAAUAUAUUUCAGUUGUGAUCAGUUUAGUGUUUGUAUUUCAUUAUAAUAUUUAGCUUUUUUUUUU